AUGCUGCGUGUCUUAGCCUGGCUGGCGAGGGUGCAAGGCUAUGAUUGGCAGAACUGGUUCAACGGAAGCUUUCCUACUGCGGAAGUGAGUGCUGGCAACUUCAGCCUCUACUCCCAUGGUGUGAACAACGCGGUGGCUGUGAAGUGGGCGGCCGCCUGGAGUGAUGUCUAUGGCCCUCCGGCGCUGGCCGAGGCAUCUCUGCAUGCCUGGCAGCAGCUGCAGCGGUUUCAUGGUCUGCCCAGUGGGGCCUUUGGCGCCGACGAACAUUUGGCAGGUCGAGAACUUCAUCGUGGCACCGAGCUCUGUGUGGUGGUGGAAUCCAUGCGGAGCCUCGAAGAGACCUAUGCCGCCCUGCCGGACAGGCCCGAGCUGGUCGACGCCCUGGAGGCCUUGGCCUUCAACGCGCUGCCCGCGGCCGUGAGUGGCGACCACUGGAGCCAUCAGUACUUGACCCAAAACAACGCCAUUUUUGCUGGCAUUGAAUCCGCGAGCGCCAGCGAGGGCGCUGAGGGCGAAGCGAGCCCCCUCUCAGAGGUCUUUGGCAAUGUAGGCUUAGACGCCACAAUGUACGGCAUCUCGCCGAACUUCCCCUGCUGCACGGUGAAUUUCGCCCAGGGCUGGGGCAAAUUUGUUGCCUUGGGCCUUUGGCUCUUCGAUCCCGGUACUCCACGUGAAAUGCCCUUAUUGCUCUCAGCGGCUUUGGCACCGUCCACCGUCAAGCUGCCAAUGCUGGAGGUGGAGUUGGAAACGAUCUACCCCUUCAACCCCGAGGCCUCGCUUCGCUACGUGGUCCGAAAGGCCUCCACACCGUUCCAGCUGCUGGUCCGGGUGCCGUGCUGGGCGGAGUUGUCUCGCUCCGAGGUCCGUGGCCCACAGGGCGCGUGGAAGGUCCCAACAGACGUCUCCCCACGCCCUUCAGUCUUCACCUUCUUAGUGGAGAAGCCGGACGUUUGGGAGGUCCGCUUUGCGGCUCGCUGGCAGCUGGUUCUUGAUCCGCAGGGCAGUGCCGGCCACUUCUCGCUAGGUCCUCUGAUCUUCGUGAAGCCCCUGGCGCAUCAAGCUGUUCCAGUGCCCCUGGAUGAUGGGCCAUAUGGGCCUGGUCCAAAUCCGCCUCCAGCUGUGAGGGACGAGAUGUUGCUGCCCACGGAAGAUUGGGCCUGGGUCUACUUCCUGAACGAGUCCUGGGAAGAAGGCCUCGAGUCCCAGAUGCUCGAGUCCGUGGCCCACUUCGACCGUUGCCCCAGCGCCUUUGUGCCCGGCGCUCUGUGGCGCUCCUGGGCGAAGACGCCAAGUCCUGGUGUCCAAGUGCCGCCACAACCAGAGGUACCAGACUUUGGCCCCAUCACGCGGUUGGAACUGCAGCCCAUGGGAUGCACAAAGUUGCGCAUGACGCAGCUGCCCAUUCGCUGGCACCGUGGUCGUGGGGCGAACGAAAAAGGGGGCGAACGACUGCCGUGGUGA